GCCUGAUCCAGCCUUCAGUCGCGAUCCUUCCUCCACUUGAGGCACACGGAAUUUUCUCUGCCGGCUGAUCGUAUUUUUAUCCUCAUCCUCCCCGAUUGUCAAAACCUACUUUAUCCAGAUCUUAUCAUUUGUCACUUGAGUACUGCUUCAAAAACCAAGAAAAUGGCACCAGUUUCUUCAAGCACCCUACCAGCGGGUCAGUACAAGGUUGUGUCGAUCGCCCUGGACCUCACUGGAAAAAAGUUGAUUGACGAGAUUUGCCAAAUUGGAGCCUAUUGCGACACGGAGAAGUCUUUUUCGCAAUAUAUCAUGCCAUUUCGAGAUAUCAGUUCGUCAUCUAUCAGAAGUCAUGGCGUUAGGAUCUUGACCACUUUUGGAAAAUAUCGGGUUUUGAAAGAAGCAUCCACGAUGAAAACACUUCGGACCAAAAGCGAAUUUGCGGGCUUGAGCGACUUUAUGCAAUGGCUGAAGGAGAUGAAGGGGGGCUCCGAUGGAAUCAUUCUGGCGUAUCACGACAAUAACCGAGACACGGUCACAUCGUUCUUAUUAGAAAGCUGCAACCGGUUUAAGCUGGCAGACGACUUUUUCAACAUAGUAGUUGGGUUCAUCAAUGUUGAAAUACUCGCAAAGGAAAUUUCAGAGGAGCCUGACUCUGAACUAAAAGGAAAGAAUCUGACUCUUCGUGCACUGACCAAAGAAUUGUUAACCAAUGAUCAAGUGAAAGGAAACAACAAACGAGCACUGUCAAUGCAAAGUGCAAGAAAUAGAGCCGACUAUACCUACAUGGUUCUGCAGAAACUGACAAAAUCUGAGGGUGAAGUGAAAGCGUCUGAUCAAAUCAUGAAACUUUGUGCAAACCGUGUCGAUGCUUUGAAGACCUUGGCGAAACAACAAGUGGCGUCAGAGAAAAUUCUAACAUUAAAACCAUUGUUUGCCGGAUUGAUGCGAAAGAGUACCAAGGAUAGAUCUAGAGCUGUCAUUCUUCGGCGAUAUCUGAUAAAUGCUGAAAUUGAUUAUGCAAUGCUACUGCAAGCUUAUGAAAAUGGGUCAGGAUCUGAAGAGUCGGUCUCUGCCGUCAUUUCUAAAACUACUGCUGUCAACAGGGAAAAAGAUAUGGAGGAGUUGGUAGCCACGAUUAUGUCUCAUUUCAAGCAUGGAGGCGAGGAAAAGAAGAAUGAAAAAGGGGUUGAAAUUGGACAAGGCGAGCCUACUAUUACUAUUACUACUGUUGUGAAUGAAAGUGCAACAUCUACCUCAUCUACCGAGUCGGAUGAUGACGACUUCGAAGAAGCUCAUGAAGAUGAAGUUGCUGAAAAGUAAUGUUUGUUGUGAACUAAUUAUGUAGCUAAAAGUCUCAUGCAUAAUUAUUUGUUCCUGUUUUCUGAAUGAUAACAUUGUUAUGUCAAAUGAAUUGAUAAUUAGAUGUGUUUCAACUAUUUGCUGUAUUUUAUAUACAGCAUUAAGUUCAAAAUCAAUGUGUGCUUUACGAUGCAUUAUUGUUACCUGAAAUUAUUUGAUUGUUAUUUUUGUCAUCGUUGUCAAAAUAUCAAUAAAUACACUGAAUUUAUAUAAUUAU